UAUCUAAACAGCUCGUUUUCCUUGCAGCCUUGUCUUAAAAGAAGAAGCUUCUGAUUACCUUGAACUGGAUACAAUUAAAAAUCUCGUGAAAAAGUACUCACAGUUCAUAAACUUCCCUAUUUACGUAUGGAGCAGCAAGACGGAAACUGUGGAGGAGCCCAUGGAAGAGGAAGAAGCAGCAAAGGAAGACAAAGAGGAGGCUGAUGAUGAGGCUGCAGUGGAGGAAGAGGAGGAGGAGAAGAAGCCAAAAACUAAAAAGGUUGAAAAAACUGUGUGGGAUUGGGAACUUAUGAAUGACAUCAAACCAAUAUGGCAGAGACCAUCUAAAGAAGUAGAAGAAGAUGAGUACAAAGCUUUCUACAAAUCAUUUUCAAAGGUAAAUACUGUAUUAGAAUUCUCUAGCUUAAGAAAGACCUUGAAGACAACUGGAAUACAUCUUUCUUUUAGAAGUAUAACAAAUCAAAAUAUUCUGUUGAUUAAUCGUUGAAGUCACAUUUACAUU